GAAGUUAGUUGGCCUAUUUCCGUGUAUACAGUGCCCAACCUUCGCCAUCUUCCGUCUAAUGUUCCGUUUGACGAUGUGGCCUCCUUUGGGCCUCUCAUUACUACGUGAAAACCUCAAGGUUGAACCUAUGAGGCUAUUGGCUGAUAUGGAUAACCAGAUUAUAGGAGCUAAAGAAGAGGUCCUGAGCAGAAAAGAAUAUUGGAUAAGGUUGCGAAAUGGGUGUUCGUUUGCGAAGAAGAGGGCUGGCUUGAGGACUGUAAUCGGCUCGAUUACAUCAGCUUUUCACAUUCGUAGAGUUACAAGCCAAGUUGAUAUGAUGGAUCAAAACGAUGGAUACUCGGAGUAAG